GAAAGGGGAGGCUCAUAAAGACCAUCCUGGUAACUUGUACGACUCUGUUCGAUUCCUUUUGCCUCGUAUCUAUUGUACUUGCAAAUCUGUGGUUACAAUACUAUUGUUUCCUCAACUUUGGGCACGUUGGGUCGUUCGCCCAAGUGCUCGGAUCAUCCCUCGCAAGACGUCUCAGCAUAAGCUUGUUUCAACCUCGACCCAAGUCCUGCAGGCAGCGCUCGUGUCUUCAUCAACACUCUCACGUCCAGCACCGUUUUCCUCCAUCACAAUAUAGGGGACAACCGACCCCUCACAAAGACUUCAAGAUGGCGGCACCUCUACCAGACUUCACUGACAUAGCCCUCUUCCCCACUUUCCUCACCAUCCCAGAGCAAGACCCAGCCGCGCCGCCGUCAGUGGCAGCGCUCCCGCCGGGCAAAGGACCAUGGUACCUUAUGGCCCAGAUCAAGGACAACAUGACCAUCAACAAGCCCACCCUCGUCCUGACUGACCGCGGCGCUAACCCCUUCGCCCUUGUCUGGGAGGGGCUCGGUCGCGACGACCUCGACCUGAAGGGGCUGGGCUUCAAGAAGGGCUGCACCGCCGUCAUCCCCUACGCCUGGCGUACCAAGCCCGCCGACGAGGGGAAGCGUGGCUUUGUGAGGGUGGACAAGAGCGACGCCCGGGCAGUCAAGCCUGUUCCUGGCCCUCUGGAGAGAGUGCUUGCACUAGGCGGGAAGGCGAAGGGGCUGAGAUGUGAGACGUGCGGUGGGGGUGGCCAGGACGGUCUAAAGAGCUGUACUGGGUGCGAGAGGGUUGGUUAUUGCAGCAAGGAAUGCCAACUCAAAGGGUGGAACGAGGGGGGACACAAGGGCGAUUGCAAAAUGUUGAAGGCGCUGAAUGGAAUCUUCACAUAACCCCUAGUCCCUCUCUGACGGCCUUCUAUUCCUCCUUCUGCUGCUCCUCGUCCUCUACAUCUGUGCGCCUAAUCAGCUCGUACAUGAUGUCAGUCCUCAUCGUGUAUUUUGUACCCCUCACGACAUCAUCGCCGCAGUGGUACAACCGACGGUGCUGGAAGAUCAACACUCUGCCUGCCUUUGGAUUCACGUCGACCUUGCUCUUGGCGUCAUCCGACAAGAAAGACGUCGCCCCUCCCACAAGUCCAGCACUCUCUCCAGCCUCGGCCACCGAGUCGUUGAGGUAUAGAUGGAUCGUAAAGAAGGUCUUGAAGAUCUUCCCGUCAACCUCCUCGCUGAAUGCGCCGUCACAAUGUGCUGCACACCUGUUAGCCUUUGGACACUACCGGCGGGUCUUUCCCGGCUGUUGUAGACGGGCACGUAGGGAGACUUACGCCUGAAGUAUUGUCCCGGGCCGUACUUCAAAAACCGCAUCCUCUGGUUCAAGCGCCUAAAUUCCCACCUCUGCCUCUCAACGAUCCAGUUCCUGCCCCUCAACCUGCAGGCUCCGACCUUCUCAUCGCCGUCCAGCACAUCCAUUUUCUUCCUCAGCACCUCGCCCGCCUCCCCCUGCAGGCACCGUCGCCAGAUCCGGUCCACAACCUCCUGCUGGUCCCAGACGAUGCGGUCGGAGUUGCGGUAGCUGGUGUCGAGGACCUCGAACCCGGACCCGGCGUUGACCAUGGCGGGCUUCCAUGGGUUCUUCUCGACAUCGCCCGUCGGGUAUGUGGCGGGGACGUCGACACUGCUCAACUCGGCAAGCUUGAUGAGGGUCUCGCACUCGCUCGGCGAGAGCACAUUCUCCAGCACGACGGCGUACAGACCGUCGUACUCCGGGAGUGCGCUCGCCGCCCAGUCGACAGGCUUGAUGGUUACAGGCUGGGCGUCUGGGGGUGGGGCUGUGAGCGAGAGAAAGUCGUCUGGGAUGGCGACGUCACGCGAUGCAUAGUGUACCUGGACUAGCAUGCCUUCGGGCAGGCCGUGGGAUUUGGCAUUCUCCGUCCGAGGGUCGGACUUGCUGUUUACUUUAGCUUUGAGAAAGUCGAGCAUGGUGAAAAUGGGUCAAAGGAGAUGGCGUUUACUCGAAUAUCGAGCAGUAUUGGAAAAGGGUGCUAUAGAAGUCCGUGAGGAUACAUAAGUCUACGGAAUGAUGCUUUGGUCAAUUACUCUUAAAUAUGGUUCAGCCUCCUUGCUGUUAGUGGGGAAGACAUCACCUGGGGAAUGCAGGAUUCACCUGGGCAGUGCAGGUGGAUGCCUAGAACGCUGACAAUGUACUAAGCUCGCAGGCGGUGAGGCAGUGUUUGCCACGUUCCCGGCUUCUAGACUGAAAAAUGACAGAUCUCCCAAGUAUCACUUGAUUGGAGGCAGACAUUUUCUGUUAAUGCGAUGCUCGAGAAUUGCAGCGACAUCCUGAAGUCUCGUGAGGCCAAGGUUUCAUGUGUG